AUGAAGUUCUCAACCGCCAUCCUGAGCAGCUCGCUCCUUGCAACUGCAGUCCUCGCAGCACCGCUGACUGACAAGCGUCAGGCCCGCAACAUGGCUCGUUCAAGCAAUCGUCAAAGCCAUCCUCCUUACAUCCCCGGCACCAACGAGAUCCUCCACUUGAGCAAGACUUCGCACGAGCAGUAUAGCUCGAACUGGGCCGGAGCUGUUCUCAUAGGCACUGGAUACAAGGCGGUCUCUGCGGAGUUUACCGUUCCUACUCCCAAGCGUCCGAGCGGCGGCUCCAAGCAUAAGCAAUACUGCGCUUCUGCGUGGGUUGGCAUCGAUGGAGACACCUGCUCCUCUGCAAUUCUGCAGACCGGAGUCGACUUCUGUAUCCAAGACAGUACGGUGUCCUAUGAUGCCUGGUAUGAAUGGUAUCCCGACUAUGCCUACGAUUUCAGUGGCAUCAGCAUUUCUGCUGGGGACGUGAUCAAGUUGUCUGUGGAUGCCUCCUCCGACACCACUGGCACCGCUACUAUUGAAAAUGUUUCGAACGGGGAGUCCGUGACUCACACCUUCACCGGCGGCGUGGAUGGUGAUCUUUGCGAAUACAAUGCCGAGUGGAUCGUUGAGGAUUUCGAGUCGGGCAGUUCCCUAGUUCCGUUUGCCGACUUCGGCACUGUCACUUUUUCCAACGCCGAGGCUACCGACGGCAGCUCCACCGUUGGACCUUCCGGUGCUACCCUGAUUGAUAUCGAGCAGAACAACGAAGUUCUUACCUCCAGCUCCAUCAGUGGCAGCAGCGUUACCGUGGAGUACGUCUAA